AUGGAUCUCUCGAUUCUUCAAAACUUACACACUUACCUUGGAGGUAAUCCAAUUUUUAACUGCCCAAUUUUGUCACUAGCAUUGUCUUAUACUCUUGGUAGCCUAAUAAUGAUCUAUACUCCUCCACGAUUUUCGUGGCGAGCAUGGCCAUUUUUACUUUUCUUCAUCUAUGGUUGCGUCGCUUUAUACUAUGGAAAAUCAAAUGUCGGUUCCUAUUCACGUUUCACAAGUUAUGUGCUUGCAGGCCACAUAAUGGGCACCAUUAACUAUGGAUUAUUCAGACUAGAGUCGCCGAAUUUUUCUGCCGCAACAUUCAAGCAGAGACUUAAAUGGGCCGCGGAUGCAUAUCUCAACUCAAGACAGAUUGGAACGAAUUCCCAGCCGAGAAACCUGUCGCUAUUCCCAAUGACAAAAUUCGCUCACCUGACGGAUCCAAAUGGAAUAGUCAACAUCCUUCAAAGAAAUUACCAAGCUCGUCUCCAGGUUGGUGAUUAUGGCCCGGAGAAAGAGCAGUUCUUCCGGAGAAUAAGCCAUGUUACCAUACGAGAGAUAGGUAUAAGAAUAUCAUUACCUGUUUUGUGGAUUCUGCCUGAGAUCCUUAGUAUUUCUGCACACCAUUAUUUUAUAUCUGCAGUGGCGGUAUUCAUUGGUGGUGCCAAAGCUAUACCUGGCUGGAACUAUCCUGUUUAUGGAUUAUUGACGGAAGCAUAUACCAUCCGAAGAUAUUGGGGCGUUUUUUGGCAUCAAUUCUUGCGUCGAGAUUUUAUCGCUUGGGCAUCAUUGAUAUCCUUAAAGAUAUUUCGUAUUCCCCAGAAUUCUAGGUUCAACAAAAUCGCCAUGCUGUAUUUGGUGUUCUUCGUCUCUGCAUGUAUGCAUGCCAUGAUAUAUAUUCCAGCAAAAAUGAAACUUCCGAACUGUGGAGUAAGCCACAUAUUUCAAUGGUAUUCCCUAUGUCCUUGUGCAAUUAUUGCUGAAGAUCUUGUUCAGAAAUUGGGGAAGGAAAUUCUAAGACGCUAUGGAUGGAGCAAAGACUCGAGAUGGCAUUAUUGGGUAGGGUAUCUAUGGGUUUGGGGUUUCUUUGCUUGGAGUUUACCCAAAUUUGUCUUUCCAAAGGACGAUUGCGUGCCUUAA